AUGGUUCAUGCUGAUUACUCCAAUUUUUCACUGGCUGAUAAGACAGAAGUGUUAGAUACGCUUCUACAAAGUUAUAAUGCUCUUGCUGUAGACAAUUGGGUGGCCAAUUUAUCCAAUGCUUCGUCUCUCUUAUGGCAUGCUUAUCACUCAUUGGGGAUAAACGUUAAUUGGACAGGCUUCUAUGUGAAGAAUUCUCUGAAUCCAACAGAAUUGAUCUUGGGUCCCUUCCAAGGGAAAGUUGCAUGUCAACAAAUUAGAUUCGGUAAAGGAGUUUGUGGAGCAGCAGCUGCAUCUCAAGAAACGCAGCUCGUUCCGAAUGUAACCGAGUUCCCCGGACAUAUUGCUUGUGACGGAGAGACUAAAAGUGAAAUUGUGGUUCCUUUAGUUAGAGAUGGUAUAACCAUUGGAGUCAUUGAUCUUGAUUGUUUGGAUUUGGAAGGAUUUGACAAGGAAGAUCAACAGUACCUCGAAAAGUUAGCUCAAGACAUUGUAACAUCAUGUCCUGAUUUACAUUAA